GGAAUGGCCACUACAGAAAUCUAUUUCCGGUUUAAGAUACGGCCAGGUGCGCCUAGAUCCAGACUAUCACCUCGAACGAUCACAGGUUAGACCAUGCCACCAGCACCAAAAGAUUUUAAGCCGGGGGUUCCUGAUUGGAGUACAGUACAUGAACCUACAGGGACUCUGUUCCCUCCCAUAAAGGACAAAUCAGAAUGGAGCCAGUUCCAGUUCAACACUGAUCAAGUCAAUAAGUUCUGGGAGGAUGGAUUUCUCCUCAACAUCCCCCUGUUAUCAGAACAGGACUGUGACAGGAUUCUCGCUGACUAUCGCUACUUCACGGGAGAAAAUAAACACGAUGGAAUGGAUAUGUUGUAUGAAUACCAUAGUAACCAGAGUGGUGAUGCUAACAACGUAUUGAUGCAUUGCCUGGGACACUGGAGAAUGACCAAGCUCUUCCAUGAUCUGGCUUUCCUCCCCCAAGUCAUUGUGCCUGGUUCACAAUUGCUGGUUCAGAACAAGAUGGUGCCACUCCGUUUCUGGCACGACCAGUUGUUCGCGAAGCCAGCCAAGCAUGGGGGUGUGGUUGCCUGGCACCAAGACUUUUCCUAUUGGACCAGGACAACUCCCAUGAUGCACCUAACAGUCCAUAUUGCACUGGACGAUCAAACAGAGGAGAACGGAGGUCUCUACUAUAUCCCGGGAUCUCACAGAUGGACAAGAAAUGGAAAACCUCUUCCUGUGACUGACUUCAAUUUUGCAGACAUGGAAUCUAUACAGACUAUCUUGACGGAGGAGGAAAAACAGCAGUUUAAACCCGUGUGUGGGAAACUCCGCAAAGGUCACGCAAGCUUCCACCACCCUCUGGCUGUUCAUGGUUCUUACGGAAACAGGUCAGAGGUUCCGAGGCGAGCUGCCGUACUGAAUUACUUUGGAGACGGAGUGAAAUCCAGCACUAAUGAAGAUUUGCUAAAGGGCAUAAAGAUUCCAGAGGGCGAGAAAAUGGAAGGCCAGUUUUUCCCUCUUGUGUUUGACCCUGCGUGGAUGUCAUGACGUAUGACGUAUGACGUAAAUGAUGAUUUGGUGUGUUUGACCCUGCAUGUAUGUCAUGACGUAUGACGUACAGGAUAUUACCUAAUUGAUGGUAACGCCCACUUCUCUACAGACAUGUCUGAAGUGAACCGAUCUGUAGUGAGUGGGCUUAAGGUCCACAGAUCUCAGUGACAGGCUGGUUAUACCAAUCAAGGGGCAAGCAUGUAUUUCAGUCAUUGUUAUUUAAAUAUUGUUUUGAUAUAAAAUUGACAAUAAAACCUUAGUCAAGAAUUUUUUUAUUAUUUUUUUAUAAUCUUUAUAAUAUUUUAUGUAUUUAUCCAGUAAAACCCAUGCCUGAUAAUAUCUAUAUAAGUUCAGUAGAAAUGUUAACAAAUACUGUUCAUGAUGUAACAAGCAUAAUCCCCAAAUUUAUGUAAAUUAUAUGUUGGUUCCCUAGGGUUACAGAAGGAUAAAGAUUAGUAAUGCAAUUUUCAACUUCAAAUUUUGGAGAAAAUGUACAGAAUUAGUAGUGAUUUUGUGUAUGUCAUCUUAGUAUCAUCAAUUUGAAUCCUAGGACAGGUAUAUUUUUGUUUUCAGGUUGAACAUUUAUGACAAUAUCACAGAUUAAAUUUUUGUCUGAAUUUGUCUUAAAGCUAAUGAAAAUCAAUAAGGGCACAUCUAAACAUUUCACAACAAUUAUGAAACAAGUUUUCCAACUGACAUUAAUCACUUUUGUUGGCCUGGAUGGAAACAUGAGAGGGUCUUAAUGUGGGAGGAAACUGGAGUACCUGAAGAAAACGUGGUCAACAGGUGACCCAAUACUUUUUGUGUCCAACUGGGAAAUCAAACGUUGGCCAUUUCUGUUAAAAAACACAUCCAAAGGGCCUAUCUAGUGUUAACUAUAUGGAAAGGGUGGGAGGCUUUAACCGGAGGCUAUUAACAAAAUAUUGAAAAUGGAUUGAUGAAAGGAAUGGUAAGUUUGUAUAAAUUAAAGCCUGUCACUAAUGAUAUUACAGAAAGAUGCCUCUACUUCCUCUAUAGGAUUAAUUAUAGAACAGUCCUAAACUGACUCCAGCCAAAGCUUAAUUGAAUUUACCUAAAAAUAGAUUGAAAAUAAAAAACAAAAUGGCAUUACUUUUAUAGGGAUUGUUGAAAAAAUAUUUUCUUUGUGCUAUGAGGCCUGGAAUCCCAAUUUUGUUCAGAAAAUUGCCAGAGUGACAGGGAACAUGAUCUAGUACCCAUUGAUAGGGCUGAAUCACAAGUUGACACUGUAAAAUCAAAGCAAAUACCGUAAAUCAUCAAUUUUAGGAGCAUUUAUUUUUGCAAUAUUCUAUUAUUAGAAUAGAGAAUAUUUGUAUACAUAAAAGGAACAACAAGGGCUGCAUAUUUUUUGCUCAACUGUUUAGGAAGAAAUUAUAGAUUUAUUUUUAAAAUUGGGAUUGUCAUCUCAUAUUGAAUCAAUGAACUGUAAACAAA